CGCGGGCGGCCCGGGGGCCGACUCGCUAUCUCGGCGCCUCUGUUCCGUGGGGUUCGUAGCUUCUCCCCCGCCGCCCCGCGCCGUCACGGUCCGGAGUGGGAUCGUGCUUUUUUUCUCCACAAAACCCUGUCGUGUUCUUGUUGCAAAUGCAGACUUCGGGCACUGCGUGUCAUCCGCCCCAGCCCAUGCGCGUAUUCAAUCCCAGGAAAGAAAGGGGAAGCCUAAAAUAGUUGGGAUUAGUUUUGCUUCCUGGCUUUGUGUUUCCUCAGGGAAACUCUUGGGAGAAGAAUUGUUUCUUUCCACGCUGUACUUUUGAUCUCAAGUUAAAAAUCCGAUCGCUGGCCUGGAGGUGUAAAGGUUGAGUGUAACUGAAGAUCUUCCUUAUCAUCUAAAAAUCAAUUAUGGAUCCUGAAGCUGAGAUAAAGAAGCAAGUAAACCCUUUCUAUUGCAAUAUUUGCAAAAUCUGGUGUGCUUCUGCAUUAAACUUGCAGACUCACUUCCUUGGAUUCAAACACAAGACGGUUGAAGAAGCACUGAAAGCUCAUGGCAUUGUUAAAACAGCAAGUGGCUCAGGGGAGCAAGUGAAAACACCUGCAAAACUUCCUGAUUAUGUGCAAACUGAGCUAGAGAGGUUUCAUGGACAGACCUUGGAAGAACAGCUUAAUACAUGUAAAGAUUCAGAACCUGCACUUGGACUUAAUUAUAUAAUUGAAUACCGAUCAAAAGACAAUUUCCCUUUUCUCUAUGAAUGUCAGCUGUGCCACUGUAAAACAGGACUGAGUAACAUGUUCAUGCAUGUUUGUGGUUCCAAACACAGACUGGCAUACCUGAAACAACAUUAUCCUGAGAUAGCAGAAUCUGAUGAAGUUAAGGGUAAAGGCUCUGAACUGAACAGAAAAGUUAGGCAAGUUGCAUUAACAAUUGAGAAGAAAGAAGGAAGAAAACAAAUAAAGGUUGUUACAGAUGCUCCGAUAAUGAGGAAGAGAUGGCAAGAAUAUCCUGCUGCAGAUGACAGCCCUUCAAAAGCUAAAGUUCAGCAUGUGGAUACAUCACUUAGUAAUGAAGAAAAAUUGGAUUGUAAAAAUAAGGAUGGAAAAAUGCCAGACCUUAUUCGAGAUGAAAAGAGUGUUCAAGAGGAGCAGGAAAAAAGUCAGAAAGAACAGGCAAAAACAGAUGAGAAGGUUGAACCUAAUAAGGCUAUCGAAAGCAGCAAAGGCAACAAGACUGAAGAAGGCAGCAAAGACAACAAAUCAGAAAAGUGUGAGACCAAUAAACAAUCGCAGGAGGAAAACGAGGAAGUUGAGCAAGAACUUACAUCAAGUCCUGAAGAAUUCUCUAGUCAAGAAGAACUGUUGGGUUAUUUGCAAAGUUUUGAGAUACUGAAUGAAGAUGAUGCUUCAUUUAUCCUAAAAGUUACACAGACUCUUACAGAUGCACUGGUGGAAUAUCGUCAACAGGCCGCAUCAAACAAAGACCUCUUAGAUACUGAAUAUAAUGGAGAAGCAGCAUUGGAAUAUUCCACAGAACAGUCUGACCUGACUUCAGCAGAUAUUAGUGACUCUGAUACUGACUAUUCAAGCAGCCGAUCAGCUAAGCAGUCCUUAUCAGUAAAUGAAGAUGAUGAACCCCAAAACUUUUCAACUGGCUCUUCGGAAACAGCAUAUGAGAACAACAUCACUACUGAAUUUUUGAACAGUGUAAGAAAUAUGAACGUUGAGGAAGUUACUGCUACUCUACACAAAAUAGCAGCAGCAAAUCCAGCUUUCAGAGGAAUUGAUAUUCCAAAUGUUAUAAGGAUCCUGACUGAAAGUGGAACUCUGAGAAGACCAAGCAAUGGCAGCACACAGUGACAUGGUAGUUAAUAUAGCAGUGUUUACCUUCUAUCUGAGUGGAAUUGAGAAUCCUCAUCCUGAUGGUUUCACAUCUUCAUAUCAUGGAAUGCAAGAUGCCAUAAAAAUAAGGUAACAAAGAAAGUAGCAACAAAAUUGGUUAGUUUUGUUCUAUUAACAGACACAGGAAUAAGAAGUUCACUGACAAUUAAAGAAAUUAAACACAAAAUGCUGCUUUAAAGAAAUUGUGAAGAAUUUCUGGAAUGCCUCUAAAUAUGUUUUUGUCAGAAGCAGAGAUAGAACCAGAGCUGUUACAGCUCAUUUGCUCUGUAACAGGGACAAUGUUAAUACCUACUUACAUGGAGAUGAGCUUGAUCAGUAAAAACAUCUUUUAGUUGAUAGGAAAUUCUGAAUUCUGUUCCUGUAAUACAGAAAAUAAUAAUAGAAACAUUUUUUUUUGUUUGUUGUCAAA